AUGGCCUUCAGCAGACUUCUCACUGUGCUGGUUCUCAUUCACAACACUGGAGGUUUGCUUGGGGCUGAGGUGAGGAGCUCAAUUGUUGGGGGGCAAGAUGCUCCAGAGAGCCGCUGGCCAUGGAUGGUCUACAUAAACAUUACAUCUGAUGGUGUCAACACGUGGCGCUGUGGCGGGACUAUCCUCAACACUGAGUGGGUGCUGACUGCAGCAAACUGCUUGGACAAAAACCCUCCACCUAACUUGCAUAGAUCAAUGGUUUGGGUUGGCUCACACAACCUGCAAAAGAAGUCUGCCCGUUACAUGGGCAUAAAAAACAUCAUGCUUAACCCUGCUUAUCGGAACCUGGGCAGUUACUAUGAGAAUGACAUCGCCCUGGUAAAGCUGAAGAAAAAGUUGACAUUCUCAAAGCAGGUCAACAAAGUGACUCUGCCCAGCGCUGACGACAUCUUUGGUUCAUCAUCUGAAUGCUGGAUCACUGGCUGGGGGAACAUUGGAAAUAAUGCUCCACUGCCGGAUCCAGAAACUCUUCAAGAGCUGAAGAUUCCCAUCAUCCCUCACAGUGUGUGUAAGGCCAAGUAUCCUGAACUGACGUCUGGCAUGCUGUGUGCAGGGGGCAUGGAUGAGGGGAAGGAUGCCUGCAAAGGGGAUUAUGGUGGCCCGCUGGUGUGUCGUGCAGCUGGUGGCUUCGUGCAGGUGGGCAUCAUGAGUUAUGGGAGUCCAGAUGGUUGUGGUCUAAAAGGCCACCCUGGGGUCUACACCCAAGUGUCCAAGCAUCUGCGUUUCAUCAAUGAUUACAUCCACCAUGGAGAGGAAGCCUCUGCUGAGGUGUAAACAUCCAAGAAGCUCAGGCUGAUAUCCUGUCUUAUUCUUUAUAGCUCCUAUGCAGUAUUUUACUGUCACUCCCUGUAGUCCUUUAUGCUAGUUGACAUGCAUUCUGUUUUUCAACUAAGUCCUUGCAUUAAAGCUUUGAAGCAUUGA